CGGGCCGCGAAGAAGGGGCGGGGGCGAGGAGCGGCCCGGGAGGGUGUAGCUUUGUCUCCGCCAGGCCAGGCGCAGGGAAGCCGCAAACUCGGGCCGGGAGCGCAGCGGGUCCAGCUCAGCCCGGGCAGCAGGCGGCCCCCAGGCCCCGCGCAGGAGUUUUGUUUUAGACACAAUGUCCGCUCCAGCAUCCCAUCUGCCAGCUCCCAGUGGCUACCCAAUCCCAUCAGCACCCCCAACAUAUGAAGAGACAACAGGAAUAAACACUUACCCUCCUUAUCCUGCCCCGGAAUCUGGGCAUGGACCAAACAUGAAGAGUAUGAAUCCUCCUCCGUAUCCUUCACAACCUGUUCCAGCUCCUAAUCCAAUUACAGUUCAGACUGUGUACGUGCAGCAGCCAGUAACAUUUUAUGAUCGCCCAGUUCAGAUGUGCUGCCCCUCCUGCAACAAGAUGAUAGUGACACGUCUCUCGCACACUGCAGGAGCACUGACCUGGCUGUCAUGCGGCAGCCUCUGCCUGCUGGGGUGCAUAGCUGGUUGCUGUUUCAUCCCCUUCUGUAUUGAUGCCCUCCAGGAUGUGGAUCACUAUUGUCCAAGCUGCCAAGCCCUCCUUGGUACCUACAAGCGUUUGUAGGCAAUAUCAAAAAUAAGUGAAGAUGGAUGUCCAAGAUUGUUCAGCACCUUUUCAAGCUCUUUCUGAACUUCAUGAAGAUCUCUGUGCAUUGUCAUUGUGAAUGGAUCAAGAUUUAUCUCACUGUUGUUUUAAUAGUAAGAAUCUGCUUAGGGGGGACUCAGGACUGGUAAGGGGAUAUAUAGUCUGUCACUUCACAGGCCACUUAGUCAAGUUGGUAGUGACCAAAUGUUGUCCCUCUACGGUUUAUGCAAAAUAGCUGAUGGUGUGGGUCUGGUUAAUAUUAGAAAGUUCCCUAUGUGGAUUGACACCUUUGUCACAGAGACCAAGGUCUGAACUUGCACGCAGGCAAACUUACCUUCUUACGCCUAAAAUGAUGCCUCUGGGAAAGUAUUGAAGCAGGUUGGCAGGGGACUGUCUGUGAUGGUCCUAUUCUGUGGCUAAAAAGGACUUCUGGUCUCUAGUGUAGUCAAUCUGAUACCUUUUACGUGCACUAAAAUUCACUUUAAAUUUGUUUUUAAAAAUUGCCUUUAAAAGAAACAGAACCAAAAAUAGCCUUAAGUUUUUGGCUUUUCCCUUAGGCUGCUUUACCAAAUCCAGCCCACUCAGGCUACCACGUCAGAUGGCUUUUCAACAUGGUCUCCCAGUUUCCUUGCUGUUUGUGAGUUCAGUCAGACCUUUAGCACUGCACAGAGUGUUUUUGUGCAGGAUUUUUUUUAUAAAUAUAUGUAUGUAUAUUUUUUUUUUUUACUGCUGAGUUAUAAAUCUGUGAAAAUAGCUUUCUGAUGGAAAUGCUGAUAGAGCCAUGGCUUUAUCAGUGUUGUCUUUCCUAUAAUAUAAUUACAUGAGCCAAAUAAUAAAUCCUUAAAAAACAAAACAAAAAAAACAAACCUGAGGCCUUUAAGUUUAUAAAGCUUGGAUUCCAUCUGCAUAAAUAUUUUGUUUUGAUUUUUUAAAAACAACUUUUUACUUGCUGUUGGUGUAAUCUGAUCACAUCUUUUCAUUAAGAAGGUAACUUCUUUCGUUAAGGAGUUUCACUGAGUGAGUGCUAGCUGGAUAAGACUUGUAUGGUGAUAUUUCAAAUGAAAGAGAAGUUUCCAAAAUGAAAUAUGGGUAGAAUUUCCAGACACUGAUCACAGGAAUUGAGGUGUGAGUCUCUGAAGGUUGAAGUACUUCUCAUUAUUGGGGUAGAGUGGUCUGAUAGAAACUACAGCCUAACACUGCUCCUUGUGUCAGGCAGAGCGUGAUUCCACCACUGAAGGUUCAAAUGUGUUUGCUGUGAUUUGGUUGAAUGAGGUCUGUGUAAAAAAGCAACAUUAGAAGUUGAGUUUAAAUAUGAGCUGUGAUUGUAAAGUUGUAUUAACCCAUGUAAACAAUAAAUAUUGCAACUAUAAUUCUUUAAAAAA